AAAUCGAUAUCCGAAGAUUCCGUAUUAUUUAGAUUAUAUUAUAGGGGGUUUAGACAAGUGCGGCAAAUUGCUAUAAGACGACGGUUCGGUUUGAUAUAUACAUAUGCCAUGUUUGGCGGCGAGGAAUGUGAAUUUGUAUAAGAAGAGACGGGCGGCGGUUGGGGAAUACGGGGUGAGAAGAGGAUGAGUUUUUGAGUUGUAGCUGCUUGGUUUGUGAGGUUAUGAGGAGGAAGGGAAAACAGGGUGUGAGUGUGGAUCUUGCGUGAGUAAUCGAGUGUUUAGUGUCUAACGUAGGGUUUGCUAACUGUGCUCCUCGAUUAACGUAGGGUUCUGUUUCGUGCUGUAACGAAGUUACAUGUAUGGCCAGCAAUAUGGAUUGUUCGAGGAUGAACGGACAACCCGAAGUUUGUAUGACAGACGAUUCGAUGUUUUAUUCGGCUUUAAGGAUCUUGGGAGAUUCAUAGCAUGGAUGAUUCCCAUUGUUCUGAUCUUCUUACGAUCCCAGAUCAACCCUUCUUCGAUAGUAAAGAACCGACUGCCAGCUUCUUGGACUUCAACAAUGUAAGUUGAGGCGAGCGUCUGAUAUACCAAAUUUAACACCAUCGCAGUUUCCAGAAAAUAUGAAACAGAAGCUCAUGCAGCAGGAAGGUACUCACGUCGACCUCAAGAUUGGAGAAAAGAACAAAACUGCCGCGCGGAGGUCUACCAUCCACCGCUCGCUGCCGUUGGGUGACAAGACAGGAUCAGCUCUCCCCGGGCGACGAUGGCAGCUUGUUCUGGCGGAUGGGAUACGACUGCCUUCUUCAUCACGCAGACAGCUUACCUGGUUCUGCGACGUCCGGAUGUGCUAAAAAAGCUUCAAGCAGAAUUGAGAGAGCUGUGGCCUGAUUGAGCGAGAAUAGAUCCAUGGCCAUGCUCGGCGAUUUACCAUCGCUGAACGCCGUGGUCAAAGAAGGCCUUCGGUCGAUGCACGGCGCAUUAUCGAGGCUGACUCGAGUCGAUCCGGCGGCUCCAGAG